GAGAAGAGAAGGGAGCUUCGUCUCGACCGGAGACUUGUUUACUCCGCAAUAUUCCAAAUCCUAAGCCCAGGUCAUCGUCCAUCCCACGCAUAUAAACCCCCUCACACCCCACACUAUUAUCUACUCAUUCACACGCCCCAUCGUUUCAUUCCGUCCUCUCGCGCCCGGUACACGCGACUCGAUCAGUUAAAAGUCUAGAGCGAUCAUGGAAGCAGAGACGACGACGGCGGCGGUUGCGCGGCCGCUGCUGCGGCGCGUGCUCUCGUUCCGGGAGCCGCUGCUGCUCAUCCCGUCCCUCCUCGGCUUCCUGGCCGCCGCGGCCUCCGCCUUCUUCCACAGCUACGCCUCCUUCCUGCAGUGCUUCGCCAGGUCGUCGCUGCUCCUCGUGACCCCGUCGCCCGCCAACUGCUCGUGCAAAUGCUUCUACGCGUCCCCAUCAUCAUCAUCGUGCUGCGAUGCCGAUGUCGUCGAGGAGGAGGAACAAGAGGACGAGGCGCUGAGGAAGGAGGAGGUGGAGGAGAUCAUGGCCCGGAUCGGUCUACCUGCCGCAGGCGGCGUCGGCAUGGGCCAGGCCGACGCGGCCAAGCUGUUCGACGCCGAGGAGCCGAGCUUCGCGGAGGUGCAGCGCGCGUUCGGCGUGCUCGACGCCGACGCCGACGGCUUCAUCGGCGCCGCCGACCUGCGGGGCGCCCUGGCGAAGCUGGGGUGCCACGAGGACGCAGCGGCGUGCCGGGCCAUGAUCGCCGCCGCGGGCUGCGUCGACGGACGCAUGAGCAUGUUCCAGUUCGUCGCCUUCCUCGAGGCCGGCCUCUGCUGAGCUAGCUUUGCUUUUUACCGUCGCACGGUGCAUGGUCUUCGAUCCUUCUCAGCUCGCCCGUGGCAGAAGAUGGCGGGGGCGUCUGUGUGUGUGUGGUUCUGUUCUUUUUUUCCUUCUGCGGAGAGUUGGGGUACUGGGGCGAUGCAUGCAUGGAUUGUGCGACGAAUUGAUUAUUAACGCACUAAUUCUCAAGUUAUUAGUUAAUGGAUCAAAUCAAUCGAACUGAUUUUGCCAAUUGGUCACAA